AUGCGGGGACAAAAUACUAAUUUUUGGAAAUGGUUUAAUAAACCUUAUUCAUGCAUUCUGGAACUACUGCUCCUGGUGGUUCUGUUUUCUUCAGGAUCAUACAGCGCUAAUGUGCCACUCCCUUCAGGAUCAGUUGAUCUCUUAGAAGCAGUUAAUAUUCAAGGCAAUACUGGAAAGUCUCAGGGCAUUAUUGCAGAUGUGGGCUUUUGUCCACACCGACCACAAUCAAAAGAUCCACUAAGUGAAGGAGUACCGGAUAUAGCAUACUUUUUUGGCAGUGAUGCUACAUUACUUAGCGUUAAAGCAGAAGAAGUCUUUAAGGGAGGUUUUCCAGUAAACUUUUCUAUUCUUGCAACUUUCAAAGCUGAAGCUGGAGUUUCUGCUAAUUUAUUCACAAUGUAUCACAAUGAAGAUGCACGAGAGCAACUUUCUCUGAAAGUUGGUAAUGAAAUCAAACUUCUUUAUAGUGACUCAGAAAAAUAUCCAGAACCUGAAUUCUAUCCAUCCUUGAAAAUCAAUUUGACUGAUGGCGAAUGGCAUCGUAUUGGAUUUAGUGUGAAAGGGAAUGCUGUGACAUUCAUUUUUGAUUGUCAGCAGGACAAAACAUUCAACCUUCCAAGGAAAUCUAAUCUUGACCACCAUGGUCUCAUUGUCAUUGGAAACCAACUGUUAGAAAAUGAAUACUACAGGGGAGCCAUUCAAGACCUUCUUAUUGUCAAUGACUCAGCUGCUGCCUAUGACCACUGUAAUUAUUACUGUCCUAACUGUGAUGUACCUUUUGCCAGGAAGGACAUGGGAUUAGUGACUGAUAUUGAAGCAGCAGGUGCCAAUACUGCUGAGUCUAAUAUUAUUAUGAUUACUGAUGAAGAUGGUUCAGGAAGCAUCUCUGUUGAAACUGAAUAUCCACUCCAAUAUGGUCCUGUUGGUUUUCCAGGACCACGAGGUCCUCCAGGUAAUCCUGGUCCAAAGGGAGAUUCAGGAUUUCCUGGUCGAGAUGGUCUCCCUGGUGUCAAUGGACUUCCUGGACCUCCUGGACACGUUUUUAUCAUUCCUCUAAAUUGGGAUACCUCAAAGGGACCAAAUAACCAAGCUGAAACCUUAAGAUCUAUGUUAAGCCAACACAUGCUUGCCAUGCGGGGCUCACCUGGUCCACAGGGAAUGACGGGCCUUUCAGGUCCACCCGGUAUGCCGGGUCCAGUUGGUCCAAAAGGAGAUCCUGGAGUUCCUGGUGAAGAGGGUCCCGCUGGACCUAUGGGGGCUCCUGGUAUGCCUGGUGGCACUGGCCAAAGAGGCAGGCCUGGUAGAGAUGGUGAGAGGGGCAUAUCAGGUCCUCCAGGUGACAAGGGACUUUCAGGAUUUCCUGGAUUGCCUGGGCUACCUGGUGAGAAAGGUGAUAGAGGCUUAGGCGGACCAUCUGGCCCGAUUGGGUUGCCUGGUCAUGAUGGACCUCAAGGUGAGCAAGGCAGUCCAGGGGCUGUUGGUGCUCCUGGAGAAAUGGGACCAAGAGGAUUUCUGGGAUCGAGAGGUCCCCCUGGACCAGUUGGGCAACCUGGUUUGCCUGGGGCGGAAGGUCCAGUUGGACCAAAAGGAAAUCAGGGAGCUCCUGGUGCCCAUGGUGCCCCUGGUGCCCCUGGACCACAAGGUGCUACGGGGCCACCGGGACCCAUUGGACACCUGGGACCACCUGGUAUUUCUGGUCCUCAGGGUAAACCUGGUUUACCUGGAUUACCUGGCCCAAUUGGUCCACCUGGUCCUCCAGGAAUUACUGGUGAACCUGGAAUUAAGGGUGAAACUGGCUCUGUUGGUCCACAAGGUGUUAAUGGUUACCCAGGAUCACGAGGUGUUAAGGGUGACAGAGGAUCCCGAGGUAUACUUGGAGAAAAAGGAGACACUGGUAUCAUGGGACCUGAUGGCGAGAAAGGUGACAUGGGUAUGAAAGGUGACAAAGGAAGAAAAGGAGCCACAGGACCCAUGGGUAUUGAAGGAAUUGAAGGUCAAAAGGGAGAGUAUGGUCCACGUGGAGAAACUGGUCCACCAGGUCCUUCAGGAGAGAAGGGUCGUAUUGGUAUUCCUGGAUUCCCCGGCUAUCCUGGACCUCCUGGUGAAAAGGCAGAGAGAGGACCUGCUGGCAGACGAGGCAAAAGAGGUUCCAAAGGAAAGACUGGUCUUCCCGGACCUUUAGGCGAACGUGGAGAAAGAGGACCAGUGGGACAACGUGGUGAAAGAGGUCAAAGGGGCAUCCCUGGGCCUACUGGACCUAAAGGAGAUGAUGGUCCACCUGGUCCCCCUGGAUUCCAAGGAGAACAAGGUAUUCAAGGUGUUCCAGGCCCGGCAGGACUUAUUGGACCACCUGGUCCUCCUGGACACCCUGGAAAAGAUGGACUUCCUGGCUUUCCUGGUGAGAGAGGUGAAACUGGUCAACCUGGAGCUGCAGGGCAAUCUGGACCUGUUGGUGUUAUGGGACCACCUGGUCAACCUGGUGAUCCUGGCCCACCUGGUGAAAUAGGACCCCCUGGUAAUAUAGGCCCGCCAGGUGAUACUGGUUUACCUGGUGAUGCUGGGACACCUGGAGAACCAGGUCCCAUUGGUCCCCCUGGAUCUGAUGGUCCUAUUGGCCCUGCUGGAGCUCCUGGCUUCCCUGGUGAUCGAGGUCUUCCAGGUGCACCUGGAAAAGAUGGAAAAACUGGACCACCUGGUGCUAAAGGACCUCGCGGACCUUUGGGAGAUAAAGGAGAACGUGGAGAGCCUGGCAAAUCAGGUGAACGUGGAUCUCAAGGUCGACGUGGUUUAAUUGGACCUCAAGGACAAAGAGGAAUGAAGGGCGAUCCUGGUGUUGAAGGUAUUGCUGGUGAAGUCGGACCACCAGGUCCAAAUGGUCCUCGGGGAUAUCCUGGCCCUGCCGGACCUGUUGGGCCUCCUGGUGAAGAUGGUGAUAAGGGUGAUAUUGGACCGCCAGGAGAGCGUGGUGCAAAGGGUGAUCAUGGUGUUAUGGGACCUCCUGGUCCUCAAGGACCUGUUGGCUUGCAGGGAGCUCCUGGCCCACCAGGUCCUGCUGGAGAGUUUGGAUCACCUGGUGUUCAAGGUCCACCUGGUCGUAAGGGAAGUGAAGGUCCUCGUGGAUUGACUGGACCUUCUGGACUUGCUGGAGUUCAAGGAACUCCUGGUCAACCUGGUGUUAAAGGAGAAGCUGGAGAUGUUGGUCCUAAAGGACCACCUGGUGCACCUGGACCAGUUGGAGCAACUGGACCCAGUGGUCCUAUGGGACCACCUGGUGGAGCUGGAAACCCUGGACCUGAAGGACCAAUGGGAGAGAAAGGUGCACCUGGUCCAUCUGGACCUCCUGGAGUACCUGGAAAAGAUGGAGAACCUGGUCCAUUCGGUGAAAUGGGACAAAAAGGAGAUCUUGGAAAGACAGGUCUUCAAGGAUCUCCUGGACCAAGAGGACCUCGUGGCCCUGAUGGGCCAAAGGGAGAACCUGGAGUGGCUGGAUAUCCAGGACCUGAGGGCCCAUCUGGUGACUCUGGUUUGAAGGGUGAGCCUGGCCGCCCUGGAACUGAUGGUAAAGAUGGACUUCAAGGACCUAUUGGUCCACCAGGUCCCCAGGGUGAAACUGGACUUCCUGGACUGCCAGGUAAACAGGGUCAAACUGGUGCACCUGGCCUCCAAGGUAUUCCCGGAGAAAUUGGCAAAAAAGGUGACCGUGGCCUUCCUGGACCUCCUGGCCAACAAGGACCAGUUGGACCAACAGGCCCCAUUGGACCUCCAGGAAUCGAAGGACCAAGAGGACAACCAGGCCCUGUGGGAGAAAGUGGACCAAUUGGUCCUCCAGGAAAAUCAGGUUCACAGGGACCUGAGGGACCUCCUGGACCACCUGGACCCAAGGGAGACAUUGGUGUUAAAGGAGUCAAGGGACAUCAAGGAAAAAUUGGAGACCUUGGAUCACCUGGUCCCGUUGGACCUAAGGGAGAACCAGGAAAGAUGGGCCGACCUGGCAAACGUGGAAGCAAAGGACCUGUUGGACCUGUUGGUCCUGAAGGACCUGCAGGAGCUGAUGGCCCACCUGGACCAAUUGGUCCAGAGGGUCCACCUGGUCCCAAAGGAGAAAUGGGAAUGACUGGAUCUAAGGGAGAAAUGGGAUUAUAUGGUCCUCCUGGUCCUCCAGGAGCACCUGGCGAAGCCCAAGCAAUACCUACUGAACAUCUUGGAAUGCGUGCAAGACACACUCGAAGGAGGAAGAAGAAGAAGAAGAGGAGGAGGAGGUCUGCUGAUGGUAGCGAAGUUACUGAUGAUGAAAAAGAUGGAAUAGAAGAGGUGGAUGAGGUUAUUCAAGGAAUGGCUACAAAGAAAGUCUCCAUUAAAGAAGGCCUGAUGCAGGUUGUAGAUAAAAUGUUUGAGGAGAUUGAUAAACUCAAUGAAGAAGUCAUGGGUUACAAAUUCCCUAAAGGUACCAAAGAGAAUCCUGCUGUGACCUGUCGAGAUGUAUAUUUAGGCCAUCAAGAUUUUCAAGAUGGAUGGUAUUGGAUUGAUCCAAAUAUGGGAGCUCUUAAUGAUUCUAUCCAUGUAUGGUGUAACUUGACAGCCCAUGGAGAGACUUGUGUAUAUCCUGUCAGAAAAACAAGGAUGGUUAUACCAAGGCCAUGGAAAAAACAUAAAACAGAUUUAAGAUGGUUCAGUGAAUUUGAAGAUGGAUUUAAGAUUGAAUACAGUUCCGAAGUGCAGCUAAAUCUGCUGCGGCUAAACAGCAAUUAUGUGACCCAGCGUUUUACAUACUUUUGCACCAAUUCAGCAGCUUGGUAUGAUCAAAAAUCACGGGGCUUUGAGCAUGCGUUGACAUUAAUGGGUAGCAGUGACCACGAAUUUGAAACCAGAGAUCUUUCAGGUGAUGAAGUGCCUUUUGAUGGUUGUAAGGAUCAUCGAUCAAACACAUAUUCUAUGUUUGAAAUUCGUACACGUAAGCUGGACUGGCUUCCUAUACUCGACUUUAUGCCUAAAGAUUAUGGAGAGCCCUGGCAACAGUUUGGUUUUGAGGCUGGACCUGUCUGUUUUAGUUAA